AAGCUUCCUCCCGCAGCGGAGCAUGAAAGGUAAACAUCAGACCCUGUGAUGAGAAGUGUCCUUGGAGCCUUGAGGCUCCCAGGGGCCUGAGCCUGCAACUAUGAGCAGCCCACGCACAGCUGUCAGGGGGUGGAAUCUGCCCGCCUCUGAGGUGGGCACGGCCCAGGGGGCUGACUCUGGCCACCCCCCCUGGGUGGGAUCCUUAAGGUGUUUACUGUAAGUUAACCUAUCUCUGCCUUACACUUAACCUGGAGCCAAUCUGUACCCUCCACUUGUACCAAUCUUGAACUAAGUCAGUUGUCUACACCCCCUUUGGGGGCUAUAAAGGUCGCUGUAUCGCCCUAAUAAAUUGCACUGCUGCGCAGAAGCCACAGAGUCGACUCUCAGUGCCCCGAUCUCUCGCCGCACCGGUCUCCGACCUCCAACAGAUGGCGCCCGAACACACCGAUUGAACCUCCGGACAACUCCAGGGAAAGGUGUCUGCCGAUACGGACGGCCUAUAUAGAUAGGCGUUUAUUAAAAAAGAAAAAAAAAAAAAAGAAGAGUCGCCGCCCAUAAAUAUGGGGGCAAAAAUUUUAAUAACGGCAACUGGUGUGACGACAGGUGUGACCAUAUAGAUGGGCACUUCUGGGGGCAGUGAUCGUGCAUAGUCAGAUCCCCCCAGGGCAGUUGCCGCCGGAAGGCAAACGCACCGCCCACACACCCCCCCCCCCCUUCCUUCCUUCCUUUUUCUUUUUUUUCUCUUCUUCCGCGCGCUUACGGAACCUUGCCGUUACCAUGGAACCUCCCAGCCGCCCCUCCCUUCUUCCGCGGUUUUUUCAAAGUAUUGGUGACUCCCUUUGGGGAGCUGGCGAACCGACCACACAAGCACUUUUGGAUAAACAAGUAGCAAUUUCUCUCCUCUUGAACUUUUUGGAAAAGCGAGGAGUUUCCAUGUCAAAGAAAAAAUUGACUUCCUUAGUAGCAUAUGGACUAGUAAGAGGACACUUUCAAACUUCAGACUCUCUUUUUGAUGAAUCUGAAUGGCGCCGCUGUGGCGAUACUAUUUUUGACCAGGCUAUUGACGGUGACAAAACAGCCAAAAGCGUACAGAAGCAAUGGCGUGAUGUCAUCAAUUGCUUGAAGAAAUACAGACUGGAACAGACCCUUGCAGCUACAGCAGCAGCACGGCUUGCUGACGGCUUGGACACUCGGGGGGAGAGACCACUAGAGGCAAUGGUUACCCCAGCUAGCUCUCUCUUUUCCGACCUGAAAAUUUCUCCAGGCACGGUGGUGCCUUUGAUGACUCUCCCCAGUGCAUCUACUGUUCCGAUGCUGUCCGCAGUGCCGAAGCAACCGGUGCUACCAACUCCAAACGCUCCGACGCAGCCAGCAGCGCCCCAGCAACCAGCGCCGUCAACUUCAAACACUCCGACGCAGCCAGCAGCGCCCCAGCAACCAGCGCUGCCAACUCCAAACGCCCCGACGCAGCCAGCAGCGCCCCAGCAGCCGGUGCUGCCAACUUCAAACGCUCCGACGCAGCCAGCAGCGCCCCAGCAACCAGCGCCGCCUCAGCAAGAUGUCCCAAUGCAACCAGUGCCGCCUCAGCAGGACGUCCCGAUGCAGCCGGUGCCGCCGGCUCAGGACCCUUCGUUAUACCCUGCGCUGCCUCAAGACGUUCCCGACGUUCCUGCCGUUCCAGUGCAACCACCAGCACCCCCGAUGCCAGCGGUACCAAUUCCCCAAAACAUUCCCACCAUCCCUGCCGCUCCGGUGCAGCCGUCUGCCCCCCUGCUCCCAGCGCCACCGCCCUACAGUGGUCCGUUUUCCCCACUCCCGGCUUCCGCUGCCAUCUCGCCACGUCCGGCGCAAACUCCUUUUGCUACAUUCCGACCCGCCCCCCCGGCUGCAGCGGGCCCGAAUAAGCACACGCAGCUCGUAAUGGCAGCACUGCGAUCCGCAGAUGCAAGGAAUCGUGGCCGCCGAAACAACAACCCACGGAACCCCUGCUUCCGCUGCGGUCUAACUGGGCACGCGCGCGAUGAUUGCCCACAGGCUGCAGUCUGGUGUGACCACUGCCAACUUGAUUCUCAUGCAACUGCGGCCUGCAAGCGCUCGGGAAACUACCAGCGCAGCGCGGCAGGCAGCCGCGCGAGGACACAAGUUGCUGCCCCAGUGAUGCUAUCUGCCCAGCAACCUCCGGCAGCCUCGGGCUGGAUCUUACAACAGCAGUAA